UAUGUUGUCAAUCACAAAAAAAUUUCGGAUUAUCCCAAUAAUAUUUACAGUGUAAAAAUUUUGGUAUGAAAAUGACAAAUCUACUGUGUAACCGGGGGUAAUAAAGAUAUAGGAUAAAAUUAUACUGUGUGCGAUGGUGAGGUGGCGCAUGUUCUUGUUACUGGCCAUACUGCUUCUCCUACCGACCCGCUCCCACAACAAGUUAGAGGAUGACGACGAUGAUGAGAGGAAUGAGGAAGACGAUGACGAUGAAGAAGGCGAAGAUGAGGAAGAGGAUGACGUUGAUGCAUCAGAGAAGACUGACACGGGGCCUGGAAGGCGCGCACCCGCCAUACUACCGACGCCAAAGACCGUGCCCGUUUCUAGGACGACGCCCAAACGCGCUCUAGAGUGUUAUGUAUGCGCUUACAAGUCCGAAGCACCGCUGAAGGCAUGCUUAGAUCCCACAAAGUACAGGGUACACACAAUAACGUGCCACAGCGUGGAUGACAAGUGCUUCACGUCAGUGAUAGCGAAGGGCAACGCGUACGAGGCGGUGAUACGCGGCUGUCGCUCCGGCUGCGUUGGCUCGCCGGAGACCACGUGCUGUGAGUUGAAUCGCUGUAACAAUCACGCCUUAAAUCUGCCGGUGGUGGUGCCACAUUCAGUGAAAAGCAAAUCGUCCAAGUCAUUUCCGCCCACUGUUUUCUUCUUCGUAACUGUGCUAUUGUUAUUACAAACAGUAGGUAAAGUUGCCUUCGUCUGAUUGAUAAUCAUAAUAGGGUUCAAUCAAAUCACAAUUUCAAUUAAGAAUUAAAUUCAAUUAGAUUUAUUUUUAAC